GAUUUUCUGAUAUGGUGGAGAGUGGAGCAAAAGCAGGGCACCGCCUUCUCAUGGAAGCCAGGGACCUGGUCCUUAAGGGAAGGGAGAACUCACCUCUGGACCCUCGACCUGGUUUUGUCUUUGCCGCAGGGAGUAUUACCUCUACCUUUCCCAGCAUGCAAAGCUCUGAGCUCAGCUGUGUCCAGGACAAGUGAGAGGGCAAAGCUAAGCCCCCCUCCACUGCUUUGUGCCCCUAUCCGAGUUCUUCUUUGUGGAUUCCCUGCUCUCCCUGCCCCCUGCUCCUAUGCUCCCUUAUCCUUAGCCCUUCCUGACCCUGCCACUCUCAGUUUUUCAGUUUUAUGGUCUGUGGUUCUUUGUCUUACCUCAUGUUUUUUUAUGUGUUUAAAGUGUCCCCAUGAACUUGCUUGUCCCCAGCUGACAGCCUCUAAACCCCUGGCCUGUAGCUUUUCCCAGGCUUACCAUCCCAUCCCCUUCAGCUGGAACAAGAAGCCAAAGGAGGAAAAGUUCUCGAUGGUAAUCCUUGCCCGUGGGUCUCCAGGGGAGGCUACUCGCUGGCCCCGGAUCACUCAGCCUGUCCUUAAACGGCCACGCCAUGUGCAUUGUCACCUGUGCUGUCCAGAUGGGCACGUGCAGCAUGCUGUGAUCACAGCUCACCGGCACGGCAGGGAUUUGUAUUGCUGCGCCCGUGUCAGCUCCUGGGGCAAUCUUUUACCUGUGACCAUGCCAUCUGAGCUUCCUCUGUCCCCUGCUGAAGAUCCCCUGAGAGUUGAUGAGGACCUGUAACAAGAGUUUUCUUGUAUUAUGCCUGUCUGCCCAGGCUAAAGCUACCUGGUAUCCAGGAUGGAAGUGCUGGUACCCCUAUAUGCCUGCAUUUGUUUGAGGUUUUAAUAAUAAUUAAAAGUUUUCAAAGAAUGGAAA